AUGAAGUAUGCAGAAGUCAUUAUAGGGCCACCCGGAAGUGGAAAGUCUACCUAUGUCAUGUGCAAGAAGGAGUGGCUUGCACAUAGAAGCCCAUACACAGUGAAUCUUGAUCCUGGCAACUGCAAUGACAGGGAGUUCGAUUAUUCAAUAUGCUCAAUCUCUCCGUCCUUGAUGUAUCAGGAAAAGCAUAAUGUUGGACCCAACAUGUCUACAAAAUGCAUUCUAGAAGAAUUCUCUGCAAGAAUGGACGAGUUCUUUCAGGAGAAUAUUGAGGGAACGGACCACUAUAUUCUGUUUGACUUUCCAGGACAAGUGGAAUUCUUUAUGUCCAGCGACGUUCCCAACAAUAUAAUCAGAUAUCUCAAGAGUAAUGGAUAUUCGGUGGUCAUCGUCAAUCUUGUUGAUCUUGUAUUUUUCUCGAACGACCACUCAUUGAUUUCGUCAUAUUUGAUUUCCACACUAUGCCUAUGCCUCCUUGAGUCGGCUCAGAUUAAUGUGAUUAGCAAGUGUGAUAGCUGGAGAAAGCUUGAUCUGGGGUACCCUUUGGAAGACGUUGCAUCGCUAGAAUGCCUGGAGAAGGUGGGGAAGAAAAAGAAGAUACAUGAUGAGAUGGCUUCGUUUGUUCAGAACCAGGGGCUACUAGCCUAUGAGAUCUUGGAUUAUGACAACCCGGACACAGUCUUAAGCCUUCAGAUUGAGAUAGACAAAGCAAGCGGGCUUUUCUUCGAAGACGAUUACUUUGCAACUGAAAAAAUAACAAGCAUCCCUUCAAAAGACGAUGUACUUUCAAGAUACAGGCUGGAGUAA